AUGGAAAACAUUUCUGACUACGAUCUUCUAAUGGGUAACUUCGAUCUGAGUUCACUGGGGAUUUCUGAGAAUUACACCAUCGAAGACUUCAUCAAGGUGACUACGGAGUACCGCAAGUCGGACCGGUGGUUCGACACAAAGACCGAACUGGCCCUCAUUCUGAGCUUCACCACCCUCAGUGUUCUCGGGCUGUCGGGUAACUGUCUCGUGUGCAUCGUCAUACUGCUACGGAAGACUUUCCAAUCGAGUAGAAACUGGUACAUCUUCAACCUCGCCGUGUCCGAUAUUCUCACGUGCAUUCUCUGUAAGCCUUUCGUCAUCAUCAGGAUGCUGAUGAAGAACUGGUACAUGGGCGAGUUCAUGUGCAAAGUCGUCCCUGCACUCCAGACGGUGUAUGUGUUUGUGUCCACGCUGACAAUCUUAGCCUUGUCCGUGGACCGGUACAAGGCAAUAUUAUACACGACAAACAGGUAUAAAAACAGUCGCGUAGUCAGGACGAUCAUUCCCAUCAUCUGGACGAUAUCUUUCGUCGUAGCUCUACCAACGUUUCUCACACACGAAGUCGAACCGAUCUUCUAUCCAUUACUAAGUGCAGUCCUGGAACAGUUGAAAAUAAGGUUUCCCAACAGUGACUUUCUGGAACACUACAAGGUGUUUGACAGAUCAUUCUGGCCGGAAGAUUGUGGUGGAAUUGUAGACUACCAUGGACAAGAAGACAUUAAGAUAAUGCUAACGUCAAGCGAGAUGGACCUCAGAGAAGAAGUGCAGAAGCUGCUGGAUGAGGACCCCAACCUGGAUGAGGACCAGGCUCACACGCUGAAGGCUGCAGCAUGUCUCCUUGCUGCUACUUCGGUCAAGAAGGCCAAGGCCAAAUCCAGGGAAAGGAGGGUCAGAAGAGAAAGAAAAAGGAGGAGUGUGUGGGUGAAAUAA